AUCUCAUCUUUGAAUUUGUGGAGUCUGGUCGGUCUUCUUCUCAGUUCUCACACUCGCAAAUUACUGUAGAAGUUAAAGUCUCUCAUAGUUUCCGAGGGAGCCAUGGCAAUGACGACGACCACUGCAAUAGCUUCGCCGUCCCGCCGCCUGCUUAUCGACUCUCGACAUAGUACCGCUAGCACUAUCCCCAAAAAUGUGGCAAUUUACCCAGCAACAGCAGUUACAAAUCAGGGGUUAUUGAAGCACUGUAUAUUCUCGCAAGGAUGCCUGAGAUCUCUGGUGAAACCAGUAUCGGCUGCUAGUUCAGGGCUAGAGGCAGAUUUGGCUGAUGAUGAACGCGUUAAAAAUGCAAAGAUAGUUGUUGAAUCCGAAGAAGCUGAGAAGAUACAAGUCAGAGUAGAUGUGAAUGAGGAAGAAACAAAAAUAGUUUUCGAAAAAGUUUUGACAAAUUUAGCAAAAUCAGCGCAACCUAUUCCAGGCUUCCGCAGGGAAAAAGGAGGGAAAACAUCUAAGGUUCCUAGGGAGUUUCUACCGCAGAUACUUGGUGAAGAUCUAGUUACCAGUUCCGUAAUACGAGAAAUUAUUAACUCAACUCUUGCUGAUUAUGUGAAGAAGGAGAAUUUGGCUGUGAAGGAUAACAAGAUUAGCAUCAGACAAACUGAGGAUGAACUCAUGUCAUCAUUUGCUCCGGGAACUGAAUUCGGAUUCAAUGCCAUCUUAGAGCUUGAAAAAGCAAAAACUGAAGCCACCACAUAAACACACAGAAGAAGAAGAUGUGAAGCUUUUCUCACUGUUUAAUCUCUUAGAACGACUUGUUAGAAUAGAAUCAGUAGUUUCUGAGGCCAACAGAUUGAAGGAUACUAAAAUCUAUCACUGUUUUUUUUGUUGUUGUUGUUGAAUGCUCUUUAUAAUGGCUCUGUUAAUGCUUAGAAAGAAUUUACAAUGCACUAGGAACAAUGAUCUUUGUAGUUGGUAGGUAAGUGAGAUAAUUGUGUUAUUAGUAAUUUUUAUUGAAAAUAUU